UGCGAAUAACGCAGCAGACGACAACGAGAAGGUGAAGUGUGGUUGGAAAAUGGCAUAUCCUUUUAGUUGUUUCCAUUUGUUGUAGAUUUACUGUGACAACAAUGUCAGCUGGAAACGAUCAACGAGGAAAAUCUGGAAGUUUGCUUUCGGAAGAUGUUCCUUGUUUUAAGGAAAGACAACAGUCUUUGGCGUGCUUGGACAGAAACAACUAUGACUAUUCCAAAUGUGAGGUAGCAUUUGAAAAUUUCAAGUUUUGCCGUCAAUUUUGGGAGCAAGUUAGAAAGCAUCGAAAACGCCUGAAUAUCAAACCUGAUAUGCCAGGUGCAGAAGACAGAAAAGAAAUUUUUGCUUUUUAUAAAAAAACUGGAAAACUUCCUGACUUUUCGCAGCAAGCUAGAUAGUGUGUAUAAAAUGCAAUGGACUUAGGAUAAAUUAAGAAUUAAAUUUGUAUAACUUUCAAUUGGACUUUUAUUCUUUGAUUCUUUUUACAUGAAAACUGUUUAAGUGUAAAUAAAACCCAAUUUUAUAUAA